AUGCUGUUGCGUUCUUACCUGUUCACACUGCACUUGCCCGGCACAUCAUCCUAUAUCAGAAAUCUCUGUUGCCGUCUCCGACCUUCGCUUGCAGCUUAUCACACCAUCAGAACGAUGAACACAACGCAGCAUCAACUAUCGCCUCCAGCCCUGGAAGAGCUCGUCACCAUCUUGACUCCUGCGCUGGAAGCUAAUUUCGAGAAAGCAAGAGUGAGUGUAGAGCCAUGUCCGGACUUAAGGAAAGCGCCCUACUACCUGGCAACGGAAGGUCUCUCAGGAGAGGAAUGCGUAGCAGACAUCGGCGGCCAGCCCAAUCUAUUUCCGGAGCCGAGGCUCGAGUGCAAGUACUCCCUGAUCUCUAUAGCGAAAGAAAUGCAAAUGAGCGGAGAGCGAGGCCAGCUACUGGGAGCAGGAGCCGGUCCUUUUCACGACAUCGGCAUGAACUCGGAACUGGCGCCAAAUCUGAGCUGGCAGGGUAGCUUCGACAAUGUCAAGAACCUCACUUAUUACACGAAGUUUGAUGGGAGUAAUGGCAGCCACGCGACAGUAUGCGAGCCGAGUCCCAGUGCCAAUUGUGCUUUGAUGAUCAACUUGUAUGGAUCAGCUGGGAAGCCUGGAUCUGUGCUGAAGAUCACCGCUCGCUCACGCAAGGGCGACUUCAAGAGCUUCACCGAGUGCAUUCGACGAGCAUUAGCAGACAAAUAUGGAGAUGAACGCCUCGUGAGCAUAGGUGGAGUGUUCCUCAUCAAGACCGGCAAGGCUCAUUUCCAUGUAAUGCCGGACUUUCCAGCUGCACAUGGCCCACCGUUCAAGGAUGCAAAGCAGCUCAACAACGGGCUGACCUAUCACGACUUUGAAGCUCCCAUUGUUUGCUUGUCAGUCUUUCAUUCUGCAGAUCCUGGCAAGAAGCUCGGGCUGCGCUUGGAACAUACCCAUUGCUUCUCACUUGAUGGUGGCAAUCGCGGCGGACACUAUCACUAUGAUCUUAUGGCUGGAGAGGGCAUCGAUGAAGUGGAGUACGAAGCAUACUUCAAUGUGGCCAAAACUCUCUAUCGCAUCGACCAGCCUGAGGUGACUCUGGAGCGAGAUCUGCAUGAUUGA